AUGCAGCCCGCUACGAGGGCUCCUGCGCUGGGCCUUCUCGCCUUCGGACUGCCACCCAGGUCCAGGCACCCCAGGUUUUGGGACAGGUUGCGGACGGCAGCGAUCUGGCUGCUCCCCCAAGCCUCACAUCCGCUGACAGUGCUGGAAGCUGUGCCAGCCGUUGUGCUCAGGGGGUCCCUGUCCCUCAGCAAGUUGCUGGUGGGUGAGGGGGGGCUGGUGCUCUCCCGCUUGGUAAACCUGCUGAAGCUGGAGGAGCGCACCACACUGCCGGACGUGGACAGACUCCUGAUCGCACAAGGCACAAGAAUUGUGGAUCUACAGUGGAAGCGCCCAGGUGAGCAGGUGUCACCUGGGCAGCAUCCAGGUAGCAAUCCUUAUGUUGCAUGUGCUCAUAUGAACCCAUGGAUCUAUGAAAUCAGAGAAUUUGCCCGGCGAAAUGGACAACUGCUUCAGCAUUCAGAGUUGCAAAUGAUGAUUGGUUUGUCAGAAUAG